GGGGGCGUGGUGGUGGGCGAUUGUAGCCGAAUGGGUUUUUGAUUGUGUGUCGUCGUGCGCGGGUGUCUCUGUGUGUGUGGGUGUCCCUCUAUCUGUAUAACUGUAUGUGUGUGUGACUCGGUGUGUGUGUGUGUUGCGUUGCUGGUUUGUUUGUGUCGCAGGGCGUGAGCAAGCGAGAUAGCAACAACUGCAUGUGCAUUGGCGCCCGCGAGUGCGAGCGAGAGCGAGUGAGCGACCGAUUGGCAAUAGCGAGAGUGCAAAGUGCAUAAAAGUUUUUGGCCAGCGAAAAAUGGCGACACAUCGGGUGGGUCGCAAACGGGCAAGAAGAAGCAGCAGUAGCAGCAAAAAGCGACGCAACGCGACUUCGCCGUCCAAAAAAAGCAAGCAGCGUUCUCGUUCGUUUGUCGCGCGAUUUUAUAACCGUUUUGAAAAGCGGCGGCACUGCGAAUUCCGCCUGUCGUCCGUCCUCUUCGCACGGAAAAAUGUUGAAAGAGACACCCCCGAAAAAGAAAAAUUCACAGCUAAAUAAGAAUCAUAUAUAAUAUAGCACACCAAAUAUACCCAAAAGAACUUUAGUACAAAAUGACAAACACUUCAAUGUGAAAAAACGAAACCAAUACCAAAAUUCAGUGCCGGAAUAAAACGUAAUAUGCCAUAUAUAUGUAUGUAUUUUAGCCCAGUUAAAUGAGUUGAUCAACAUGAACUGCAGCAACGAAAAGGAAGAAGAAGACGUAUCCUAAAUUAACAGCAAAUUAAGAAAAACGAAAUACGAAUUAGAAACAACAAAGCAAGCAAAUCUAACAACAUACAAGGCGGAGAGCAUUUCGAGAACAACAAAUAAAUCUCGUGCACACGCACGUGGGCUUGCAUGUGUGCGAGUAUGCAAGUGUGUGUGUGAGUGUGUGUGUGUGUGUGAGAGAGCAACUAAAACAGCAUCAACAACUACAAGCUGAGCAAAAAGCAACUGCAGCUACAAACGCACACUAACCGAUUCUAAAGAUCUGCCGUGAAACUCUAAACUGCGAUCUAUAGCAAGCCGAAGACUUUUAUAUAUAUAUAUAUAUAUAGAUAUAAAUAUAUCUAUAUACAACGCACUUCAGGAAGUCGGUCCACGGCCACAAAAAGACCGAAUCAACGGAAGCCCAUUGCACAGCGCUCAACACUUGGAAACCUAAAUGCCGCAUCUAGUCUAAUGUUUGGUCAAAAGUCUACAGAUUAAUUGUUGUUCCUAAGCCGCCGCUUGAUGAAUAUUGGCCACGAGAAGCAUCCGCCGCACUUUCAUCCGCAUCCGCAACCGCAACCGCAUCCGCAUCCUCGCGCCGCCGCCUCUGAAAUUCAUCGUUUAGCCGCCGGCGGUUCGGUUAGUCCGCCACCGCCACCGUCGACGUCGUCAUCGUUGUUGUACCACCUGCCCGCCAACGCCACCGCCACCGCCGCCGCCACUGUAUCCGCCUCCUAUCGCCAUCCACUGCAAGGUCAUGAGAGGCAACAGAACCAGCAUCACCUCCCCUACCAGCACCAGCACCACCACCAUUACCAUCAGCACCACCCACAUUUGCCAACCGGUGGAGGGAACGUGCACCUGAGCCGCGAAUCAUCACCCGCUUCAAUGGUGAUGACCCCCAGCCGCCGCAGUUCGCCGCCCCUGCCGCCGCUGCCCUUGACGACGCACCCCAUCCAUCCGCACUCGCAUUCGCAUUCGCAUCCGCAUCCACAUCCGCAUCCGCUGCCGCUGGCGCUACCGUUGCGCCAUCCACUCGCCCUGAAUGCGAACGCCGGCGGUCACCAGUCGCCGUCCCGCUCCUCCGGCAGCGUCCAGCAGACAUCGUCGCACGCACAAUCGUCGGCGCAAUCGAUGAGCGUUCACUUCUCGCAGCUGGCCCAUGCCCAGCUGCAUUUGCAGAAUCAAUUGCAGCAGAAGCUAUCGGCGGCGGCAAGUAGGAAUAAUAAUAACAAUAACAAUAACAACAAUAGUAGUAGCACCGGAUCGGGCACUGGAACGGGCAACAGUACGCCCACGCACGAUCCGAACCCGAUGAAUCCGCUGAGUGAUUUGCAGAACAUGCAACCGUUCGACUUUCGGAAAAUCAGCUCGGCGGCGGCGCUGGGUGCCUUUGGUGGUCCCUUGCCGCUGCCGCAAAGUCCCACGGAAUUCGGACAACACCAUCAUCACAGUCAGCAGCAGCAGCAUCAGCACCACCUGCAUCGGAACCAGUUCUUCAAUGCAAUGGCCAUGGCCUAUCACCUGCCACCGCCACCGCCUCCACCGCCGCCCGAUUCUAGAUCCCCACCAUCGCCGCCACCAGGUGUUGGCCAGUAUCAGCAUCAGGCGGGUUCUGGCUCCGGCUCCGGAUCGGGAUCGGGUUCGGGCUCCAGUUCGGGUGCAGGAUCCGUGGAUGAUUCCUCUGGCAAGCAGCAACGGAACAGCGAUAAGGUAUCCGCCUCCGGAUCAUGUUCCAGUUCGCAGCGUAUGACCCGCCUGGCCUUAUCCUCCAAUAUGCGGUCGAGCCGGAAGACGCCACACUCACCGGGCGGAGGAGGUGGCGGUGGAAAUGGAGGAUCCGUUGGCGGCGGCGGUGGCAAGCGGCAAUGGGGCUCGAUGCCCGCCAAUUUGGGCACCCAGUUCAUCAAUCCGGUGACGGGCAAAAAGCGAGUGCAGUGCAAUGUCUGUCUGAAGACCUUUUGCGACAAGGGUGCUCUGAAGAUUCACUUCUCGGCGGUGCAUCUCAGGGAGAUGCACAAGUGCACGGUGGAUGGAUGCAGCAUGAUGUUCAGCUCGAGGCGAUCGAGGAAUCGCCAUAGCGCCAAUCCGAAUCCCAAGCUCCAUUCGCCGCAUCUGCGACGCAAGAUCUCGCCGCACGAUGGACGCAGUGCGCAACCGCAUCCGCUGUUGCUCCAGGCGCCCAAUGGUCUCAUGGCGGGACUGGCACCAUUCGGCAGCUUCCCGCUGCUGACGCCGCCACCGGAUUUGCGGCAUCAUGCGAUGGGUGGUUCGGGCGCGGGAUCAGGAGCGGGAGUCGGUGCUCUGGAGUUGAAACACGGACAGGAUUAUCUGCAGAGAUCGUACUUGGAUGCCGGACGAUUCGAGGGACAGCGUCGUAAACUGGCGAUGGAGAACGAGCACACUGAAGAUGAGGACGACGACGAGAUACUGGAGGUUGGCAUCCACAUGGCCGGCGACGAUGAUGACGACGAGGCUGACGGCGAUGAGGACGAUGAUGACGAUGAUCCCGAUGGCAUCGUUGUGGUUGGCGAUGAGAUUGAUAGCAUGCCGCUGGACCACGAAAACGAUAACGAUAAUGAGAAUGAGAACGACGAGAGCGACGAGCGCUCCACAUCGGCGGUAUCCAGCCUGAGUCAAACCAAAGAGCAAUCCAGUCCGGGCAAGGUUGUCCAGUCCGGCCUUGAGGAGUGCCACACAUAUGCCCAUGCCCACGCCCACGCCCUCUCGCACGGCCACGCCCACUCGCUUGGGCACGCCCAUGCCCUCGCCCAAAUGGCGGCCAAUAAACGGAAACGCAAGAGCCAGAAUCCAGUCCGAUGUCCUGUGCAAUCGGAUGAGAAUUCGGGUGAGAAUUCAAUCGACUACGAUGUGGCCGCCGAUCUGUCCAUUAAGAAGGUGCGUCUGCCAGCGCAGGCCGCCGCAUCCGCCAAAGAAUCGGAGGUGGGCGAGUCCACCAAGUCGAUACCAUCGCCACCCCUCACGCCCUACGGUGAUCUCAGGCCGGUGGGUCUCUGCAUUAAGACGGAACAGGAUCACGAUCAGGAACUGGAUCAGGAGCAGGGUCAAGAACGUAAGCGGGAACAGGAUCAGGAACCUGAACCAGAUCCUGUAGCUGCGGCAUCCAAGCCAGAAAUGAAACUGGAGGAGCAGGAAACGAGGCCAGCUGACAAGGAGGACGACAACGAGGAAGAUGAGCAGGAGUCGUCGCCGGUGGACACCACACUAGAUCUUUCACGGGCAGCGGCCGCCAUCAAAUUGGAGCCACUGGAGGAGAUCAACUACGAAGCGGAUGAGAAUCGCUACGUGCGCAUCAAGCAGGAGCUAAUGGGUGGCGAUGAGUCCUUGGCGGAGGAGUCCAGCGACAAGACUGCCAAUCACAAUAAUAAUAAUAACAAUAACAAUAAUAUUAACAUUAACAAUAGUGUGCGCCGCGUAAGUGACAACGGAUUGGAUGCGAGUGAGCUCGAGGAGCGCGAACCGGAACCGGAACCGGAAACUGAAACAGAACCCGAACACGAACAAGAACACGAACCGGAACCGGAACCGGAAACGGAGGUGGAGGUGCCCGAAGUGCCCAUCGAUAAGGAGAACCCCCUAAAGUGCACCGCCUGCGGUGAGAUAUUCCAAAACCACUUUCAUCUCAAGACGCACCACCAGAGCGUCCACCUCAAGCUGCACCACAAGUGCAAUAUAGAUGGCUGCAAUGCGGCAUUUCCCUCGAAGCGCAGCCGCGAUCGUCACAGUUCGAAUCUCAAUUUGCAUCGCAAGCUGCUGUCGACCAGCGAUGAUCAUGGAUUACUCCAUGCACCCGUGAUGCCCGCAACGGAUCCGCUCCUGGAGCUAAUGAGUCUCAAUUUGAAUAACAACAAGAGCGGCUUCCAUCACUCGGCGAUGGUGGGCUCAUCGGCAGGCGGCGCUGGCGGUGUGAAUCCGGCGGCGGUGGGCAGCAUUCAGGCGGAGAUUCUGGCCCGCAUUUGCGCCGGUGCCCAUGCCCAUGGACUGAAUGUACCGCUCUGUUUCGAGGCUUUGCAGCAUCGUUUCGCCGUUGGACAUGGCCACGCUGGUUAUCCGCUGAUCGCCGGCGAUGGCUCGCCACCAAGUCCCCGCCUAUUUUUGAGCCACGGCGGCGGCGCGAGUCCGCUCCUGUUUGCCGGACUGCCGCGCAUGCCGAGAUUCCCCCAACUGACGCCCCACAUGCUGGCCGCCAGUGCUGGCAAUACAGCUGCCGCCGCCGCCGCCGCCGCCGGAAUGGGCGGACUUAGUCCCUUCUGUCGACGCACCUCCUCCGAUUCAAAUUCACAGCACUCGAUAACGCCACCGCCGAAGAGAUCGCGAUCGCAGUCCAGAUCACCGGAUCAUUGUGUACAUCCGGCGCAUGCCGGUGACACCACGGGCAUCACCGAAGAUCCGGGCCAGCGGCAAAGUCCCGAUCGCAUAUCAUGACCAUGUACCUCGUACUAUGCCAAGGCGUUGGCAUUUUAUCACUAAGAGCCCCCCAUGUCAUGCGGUGCACACACUUUGGAAGUCAGAUAUGCGAGAUAUACGGAUGGGGUUAUAUCUUGAUCUAUAUAUAUAUAUAUAUAUAUAUAUACAUAUAUAUGGAAAAUGCAUUGCUCAUGCUCACAUCGAGGAUCGAAGAUCGUCUGCCGCUCAUAAAUACGAAAAUACUUUCACUUAGGCUAAUGCUAAAAUAAAAAUAUUUAGAUGGAUCAACUAGCAUUUUUUUUUUCUAUACAUAAAUAUACAUACAAUAUAUAUAUAUAUAUAUAUAGUUAUUUAUACUAUAUAUAUGAGUCCCUUUUUUUUAAAUUGUACUUAUGAAAACUGAUGUUUUGUGUACAAGUACGUCGUGUUGUAGAGAAUUUAUAAAUGGCAAAGAAAUAACAAGUACUAAAUAAAUAAAUAACGAUACAUAUUGUUAGUGAUACUCGAUUAUGUAAGUUAAGUAGCCUCUAAGCAGCGCCUACUGGUAUCGUGAGUAACGUUUUUUUUUUUUUUUUAUUGUAACUGAAAUAUUAAGUGUGUUGUAUAUGAUAUGACGGAAUGGCAAUGGAAAUGCAAAUGCAAAUAAUAUGAGUCAACCAACGACGAAACGCUUGAUAUGAGGAAACGAACUAAAUUUGAUUACAGAUUGCCGUUCACCGAACUGGGUUAGGAUCACUCAUUAAAAGUCCUCAAGAUCCAAAAAUCGAAAAUAAUAAACAAAAACAAAAAAAAAGAAAAAUAUGAA